AUGGCAGGAAACUACAGCUACGACCACCUUCCCACACUCGAAGAAUCGCAAGAUAUUGCCGAAUACAUCGACACGGCGUGGAGAGCCAGCAGCUCCGACAAUGCGCACGACUCUCAAACAACCCUGCGACACCCGUCAAGCUCGUCAUCACUCCAAAGCUAUUCUGCGGUAGAGCAGCGCGAUGCGGCAGAUCGCGCCAGUCUCAACAGCUUCGGGACAUACGCUUCCUCUUCCUCGUCCGGUACCAGCAUCGAAAAGCUCAAGAAUGGAUUCAAGAGUGGGAUCAGCCGGAUACGUAGGAAGCCUCUACCGCGUUACAUGCAAGGCUCUAUUCGAAGACAUCCCGCUGCAGAGAUCGAGCCGACCCGAAUUGGACGCGGAGUAUGGAAAGAUCAAUUGCUUGUCGAUCGUUCCCUCCGGUCCAUGGCGCUGCUCAUGAGCUUGUUUGCCAUUGCGAUGAUCAUCGUAAUUUGCGUGAACAUCAAAGCUUUCGCACAGAGGAACAAUAAAUUCACUUCGUCUAUUGGUGGUGAGACACAGGAUUGCAAAACCGUCACGCAUACAAACACCGCGCUGCUCUUCCUGAUCAACAUAGCGGCCACGAUGGUUCUAGGUUGUAGCAACACCUACCAGCAAUUAGUGACUUCGUUGAAGAUCAGCGAUCUACGGCACGUUCUUGAAAAGUUUGGAGAUUCAAGGGUUGGGACAAACUCGCCUUUUAACAUCAAUCACAAGAGUGAAGGGAAGAAGACCUCUUGGGCAGCUUGGUUGCUCUUGAUUUUUACUUCUCUCCCUAUCCAUUUUCUUGCAAACUCUCUCAUUGGGCCCUCGUAUAUUCUGGAGCCGCCAAGGAAAGUGGAAUACAACGAAACAUCUUUUGACGCCAUGUCGAUGAGUUACUACACUGAUCAGGACUCCCCCAUCUACUCCUAUGGCUCCUAUAUCUGUUGGAGCGCUUUCCGGACAGGAAGUGCCCGUCUAGCCGAAAGCACAAAAAUGCUGAAGAAAGACCAAAGCACCUUCGACAAUCUACUCUCCGACGGCUCAGUCUAUACUCGGAUUGUGGUGAAAUACGCCCGCGAGAAUUGCACAGGGCUUGCAAAUUCGACCAAUGACGCUUCACUGCUGGAAUACACGUACGACGAUUAUGAGGCUGAAUACCGCGACGGCGAAUGCGUCAUGGGUAAAACCGUGUUGUGUAUGCUUUCCGAUCCUGAGCCGGCGCAAUGCCGCCUGAAUAUACGGAUGAACGCUGCUUUUAUCCUCGUUGGCGCGUUGAUCAUCAAAGCUACCUAC